CUUUUUUUUUUUUUUUUUUUUUUAAACCCUCAUCCUAGUUUAGUCCGUGGGCAGGACUCGCAUAAUAAUAUUUCCAGUCCCAGCAGCUCACAUCACAGACACGAACCCAGGACCGCCCCCCCUCAGUUUUUUCUUCCCAAUCUCCCAAAUCGCUUUAUUAUUAUUUUUUAAAUGAUCGCGCUUUUUGCCCGCUGCUCCCGCUGCUGCCGAAAUCCCCGGCUUCCCAGGGUGCAUGCUUCUGGCAAGACCGUGCAGUGUUCUCAGUCCACUUUCAGUGUGUCUUAUCUUAAUUUGUCCUGAUCCGAUCUAAGCGCGAUAGCCACCACUUGCUUUCAAUUUGUAGGAUUUUUUCCCCUUCUCGGUUCGCUCCGACUACCCUCGGAGUGUUUCCCUCUCUGCUCGCAUUUCCAGGGUUCCGAUCUACUACUCUGCCUUUAUUUCUUCUUCUCCUUUUCUUUUUUUUUUUUAAACCUCCCCUCGCUUGAAUUGCUUCAUGUUACUAACCAUUCCUAAAUUGUAGGAGAGCUCCAUUCCCCCUCCUCUCCCACCACCACCAGCACCACUACCACCAUCACCUCCUCCUCCUCCUCCUCCCCUUCUCUUCUCCUUUUUGGCAGCACCAGGACGUCCGGUGUGGUGGUGGCAGCGAGCAGCAAAAGCAGCAAGAGCUCCUUUUGAUUCCCCCCCGUUCCAAGGUGCUUUGGAGAGACCCGGUUCAAAGCUGAGCGGCAGAAGUCACGAUGAGUGCACAAGGUGAGGGACCCGGUCAGCCUUCCACUGCUGCCCAGGAGCAACCUGCAACCGCAGAGCCUCAGAAGAGAGGACGAGGCAGACCCAGGAAGCAACCACAAGAACCAACUGGUGAACCAUCUCCUAAAAGACCAAGAGGAAGACCCAAAGGAAGCAAAAACAAGAGUCCCUCUAAAGCAGCCCAGAAGAAAGCAGAAGCCACUGGUGAAAAGCGACCCAGAGGGCGGCCCAGAAAAUGGAACGAGCCUUGGGGAAAGCCAGAGGUCCUGAGGAGAGACUGCAGCUGAGCCGGUGAUGCUUCGCUGGGGAGGAUGGAGACUUCACGUGCAGAGACCCCAGGCCGUCACUAUUGACAGCACAGGUGUUUCCACAGUGCGAUAUGUUCUGUACAGUCACAGGGAAGGCUUGCAGUCAAAAAAACUGAGGGGGAAAGGGACAAAACCAAUGAGUUGGUAUGGUAUUUCAGGCCGCUGCGACAUUGUUCAUCCCCUGUCUUUGGGGCAAAGUUAUGUGACUGACAUAGGGAAGCUGAGAUAGCAGCAGGCUUCUUUCUCGAGCCGUGGUCUGAAGGGUAUGCAGGAUUUUUAGGAUGCCUGAGUUCGUGCUAAUAUCAGGAAAGCAUUGAGUUAUAAAGCACUGAGUUGUAGAAGGGCAAAGUCAGAUGACUUCACAUUUUGGUUGACCUUCAGAGCAACAGAAAUCAUUACUUACCCAAACAGCUAGGCCAGUCAUAAGCCGUUUUAUGAGAAUAUAAAGGUUACAUAUGAAUUAGCGCACUUGAGAGUAUUUGCAAGCUUCUAACUCCAGAUGUGCACCCCAGCCAUGCUCCAAAUCCAUGUCCAGGCAAGACACAGGAGCCUCCUACUCUUCCCUCACCCAAAACACACACAACUCUCAGUUCAAAGGAGACAAGAAGGCAUGGGCCAGAAGGCAUGCUCAAGCCCCAUCCCUGACCAGGACAACUGGCACACCACAGGAUUCAGCCGCCACCCAGUCUAGACACAGCCAGGGCCAAAAGGGGGCCAUGGCAUGCUCAGGCUCCAUCCCUGACCAGGACGAUUGGCCCACCACAGCAUUCAGCCGUCACCCAGUCUAGACAUAGCCAGAGGAAACGUCAGGUCUCCUCCAGACACCACUGAGCAUUCCUCAGCCAUCCUGGAGGCUCUCCUCUGGUAGCCAAAAAUGUAAGUGUUGAGGGUGUGGGGAAUUAAGAAGAAGAGAGCAAGACUGGAGAAGACACAUAGGAGAGUAACAUCGGUAAUUAAAGGUAUCGAAGGAAUUUCCAGUGAAAAAUCAAGUAGAAUGGGGCUCUUUGGCCAGGAUGGAGGAUGAGUGGGUAGGAUGUGUUCAUUGGGGGGGGGGUCUCAAAAUCAGUAGUGGCACACAGGAGGGGAAAUGUUCACUGUCAUGCUUUUCAUAACAGAACCAGGAGUCAUUUAAUGAAACUGAUAGCUGGUCAGUCUGAUGGAAACAAAAGGAGAUGUUUUUUCACACAAUACAUUUUGAAAACAGGAUGCUGAAGCAACUGAAAGUUUUUAUGUGAAUUCAAAGAUUAAUUGCAUAGAUGCAGAGAGGGUGAUUUCGUCUAGGGCUUUUCCAUACCACAGCUUAGGUUCAGUAUGUCCCAGAGCCAUAAACCAUUGAAAACUGAGGCAGCAUUACGGGAAAUAUCAUUAUGUGCUUGUUGUACUCCUACUGUUUUCUGUAAGCUUUCCUCCUUGGUGGCUGUUUCAGAAGGGUUGUUGGGCUUCAUGGCCUACCUGGCAUGUCCAUUCUGAUGUUUUUAGGGAAGAGGUAGCAGAGAAAAGAUUAUCAUUCAGGAUCUGAAUAACAGUGCAGAGAUUUUACUAAUAAUGUGAUAUUAGUAACCAAAUAAACAAGUCAUUAGUGUAAUUAAGAGUGGAGGAUUAACCGUACCAUAUCACCAGCCACUUGUUUUCAUUAUGGAGGCUUUUUUAGCUUUGUUCCAACUGUUUGGAAACUGAUGGAGGUCUCAGAGCUCCCAGGGGCCAGGCAGUCAGCGAAAUCCUGCAAGCACGGUGAAUUCAAAUGGGCAAUAAGCAAAAUAAGUGGGAUUGGGUCACUUAUCCCUCUUACCCCCUGUGACAGCGUUUAUUUAGGUCACACGGAAAGCGAAUUUCUCCUUUUGCAGGUGUCACAAAAUUAGCUCACGACAAACUUCAUACAGGAUUUCAUUAAGUAUUACUUUUAAGUUGUAAUUGUAUUGGACAGUGAUUUGACUCAUUCUUGACACUAUUUCAGAGAUGGAAAUUGGGAAUUAAUCAUACUGUGUAAUUUGUAGUAAAAAUCUGUAUUCAUUUGCUUUGCAAAUAUGUAUUUAUUUGAACAAGAUGCUGCAGCGAAAUAUACCUGUGGUAGGCACAGGACACAGUGCUCAUGGUGGGAGGCAAUUUACUAUAAUUCAGCCCCAGCUGGUGACAUCUGCUCUUAUGUCAUUUGGGGCCUUUCUUGAGCAGGGAGGUUUGUGCCAAACUACGUGUUCACUUGUUUGUUUUAUGAGGUGAGAAUAAGAGGAUGCUAAAGAUCAUUUCUGCUCAUAAUACGUGCUAAGACCUUGUGCUCUUGAGGUGAAAUGGAUUAACAUACUGUCUCUGUUAGUUAAAAUUCCCAUGGAGUUCUUCAAGCUUGAUAUAAAAAAGUGAUUUAAUAGAAGAAUGGAGCUAAUUUAGGUCUUUUUAGGCUUCUUUAUCUUCAUGUUGUGUAGAUACAUAAUUUAGUAUGGCCUGAAUUACACUUACAAGGUAAAAGUGAAUUAAGAGUACAAUAAAAUCAGAUAUUUUAUCUAAAAGUUCCUUAUAUUUUUGUAAUUUCUAUUUAUGUAGGCCAACAGAGUGUAGAGCAGAUGGAGACAGUCAAGACUUUAUAAGUACCAUCAAAUAUAAAUGUCUAGUGGUAACGUAGAAAUAGUUUCUGUUCCUUGUAGUUCUUCUUCUCUGCCCCUUGCUUCUUCUGUAACAUCAAAAGCUCUCUCAAUCAAAAACUGCGUAUGUGAUUUUGUAAAGUGCCUCAGUGCUUUCUGUAUAUAAUUUCUGUAGUUGUACAGAAGUUUUGCUAAAAGAGAACAUGUACACCAGGCUUCAUGAGAUUGGCCGAGAAUCAUGAGCAACUUGAAAAAGCAGCAGCUUUUAUAUUUGCCUUCAGGAUUUUGAGCUUUUCCAUUAAAACGCCUUAAUGAUGAUGUAUUUUAAUAUUCUUAUAUUUGCAUUUGGCUCCAGCAUCUGAGAUUUUAAGAAAGAAGUUCACCUAGUAUCCCAGGACCCAUUACGGAGCUUAGCGUGCAAGUCUGUCAAGGUAGUAGCUCCCAGCUGUUUUCCUGCCAGUCACCACUGCCAUCCUGUGUCUUCUCCUGUUUCUAUCACCUGUCUCACUGGUUCCAGGAGCCCAGCUUUCCCCUCUCCCUGUCUCUCACCUGUCCCAUCAAAGUGACAGAGAUCUCAGCCUGAUCAUAAUGCCUAAGCGAGCGAGUCUGGGCUCCACGCCACAUCUCACCUCUGUUGUUGCCACACCUCAUGCAUCAGGAAUGCUGCAUUUCAGUGUCAGAACAAAAAGAAAAAAGAAAAAAGAAAAAAGAAAAAAAAACUCCUUCUAAAUGCAGCGCACAACCUGAAGUGGUGGUUGCCUUCUUUGUAUGCUUUGUGCAGCCCCCAGCCUUGGAAGGCUUCGAUCCAGACCGCUUGGCUCACUGGCAGCAAUGGUUGUUUUGACUGGCAUAAACUAGGGCACUGAUAUGCAUAUUCAUGCCCACAAGGGCUCCUUCAGGGAGCAGAAGUGGCAAGGUGGAUAUCAGAAGAGUCUUUCCCAUUCUGCUAGAGUGACCUGUACACAGAAAUCUCUCCAGAAGGGUUUUUUGACCCCUACUACAUGCUCAGCAGGCUGCACUGCAGACUGCAGCAAUUCCAAAUAAGCCAUUUCAACCCAGCAUACGAAUUACUUACUUGACUGCUUAGGUAUGUUGUAUAAGAUAUGUAUUUAGGGCAGUGAUUUUUUUAAAACAUAUCUGUGCAGAGUUUAAAGAAAACUGUUUCUUCAUAGCUGUGCAAGUCUGCCCCUUAAAGAUGGACGACCAAGUCCUGCUGCAAAUGAAGCCGUGUUAAAAGGUGACCAGUAGGGUUAGAGGCAUAACAGAACACCAGCUCUGUCUCUCCUCAUUUAUUAGGAAAAAUGUAGCAAUAGAGAGCCACAGAAAGAUUUCUUAUUACAGAGAUGGUAUUGCUUUUUUUCAGUACUCUCCAACAAAUUUGCUGGUACAUUACUGGUUACUAACACAAGCAAUAAAAAUACCUGAAAAGCACCAAGCUCCAUCAGCCAGCUAUAUUAUGUCUUCCUCUUUACGGUGUUUCUUAGUCAAUAGCUUGUAGGCAUGGCCAGCUUAGACGGUGCAAAUCCAGGAAAGCCUGGUUGCCAUAGGCUAAGAGCAGGAGAUACUUUGUUUUCUGAGGACAAGCAGGACAGGGAUGCAUGGAUGUAGUGUACCCUUUGCAGCUGAUGUCCUAGUAGUAUGUACACUGGUGAGGCAGGAUGUAGAUGAGGUAGAUGAUGGAGUAGGUGCAGUGCUGGUGUGUCUGCCAAGCAGUGUGUCUCCUGAGAUGAGAUGAGGUGAUGUAAAAUAGGAAAAAUCCAUCCAUGGUGAAGUUCUUUGCAGCGAGGAGUUUGAUGGUGUGUCACGGGUCAUCGCUCCCAACAGCUUGCUCCCUAGGGCUGGUGCUGUACUGUGUGUGCCACCGGUGCCAUGGAGGCUCCCCCAGGGGCUGCACAGCUGCUGCCCGUGCUGCUGAGCACCUCCUGCAUGUGUGCUGUGCUGCAAAGGGCUGGGUGCUGCUGGUGUGGUGGCAGCGAUGCAUGGGGAAGCUAAAUUUGAGCAGCCCAUAGCUUACAGCAAGGCUGGGCAUGCUUCAUUUUAAUCACUGGCUGGUAAAGGGCCCAUGCAUGGACUGAGCAUCUUGGAUACCUGCUUGCCAUUCUGCCCACACUGUGAAUUUUCACUAAUGUCAGUGUAAUUCAGUAUGAAACAAUUAUUCUUGUGCUAAUUUCUGCAGUGUCGAGCAUCGUGAAUUCUCUAGAAGGCACGCUGUCCAAGCAGAGGACAAGAUAUCCAGAUCCUUAUGCAUGUGGAAUAUGUACCUGCUAAGCUGCCUUUUUAUGACUGAGCAUGUUGGUCAUUACUCUUUUAUUUUCCCAAUCAGACUGGCUUACUAGGAGAUCAGUUGCCUGCCAGUGUUUCUUUGUAGAAAUGGAAGAUAUAUGCUAAGAAGCAUCCAGACAUGGUAACCUCAUUUUUUAAAACAUUAGUAAGAUUUUAAAAGAGCCAAACCAAUUAUUUUUGAAAUAUGGUAAGAAUCGUUUGCUCCCUGGCUAACAGCUGUGCAUGCCAAGUUCUGCUCAGUGAGCCAGUUUUACAGCCAGCUGUAAACUUUCAAAUUUAGGGGUUUAUGAUGGAAACUGCAACUCUUGCCUUCACCAAAGCUGUGCAGACACCCCACUGUAAUAUUGAUUUAAUUACAUGCUGCAUAGUUAUUCCUGUUAACAAAAGCAAAGGGCACGCAGCAUUUUAGCGUCACACACAGUGCUUUUAUUUGGGAUACUUGGCAGGUGAAAAUCUGAAGGGCAGAGCUAGAACUGGAGGCUCUAAGCUGUUUGAAAUCACUCCUUGCAGCACUGGUUUGUGAAGUGAUUUAUUUGAGCUGCAGCCUAUAGACCAUACAUCACCUUCCUGGUUGGCUUUGUUGGCACCUUGUCACAUUCUUGCGGGCUUGAGGAAUUCAUUGUUCUUGUUUGAACUGAUAAGAACAAAAAAGGAUUUUCUGCCUGAGACCUUGGGAAAGGCAGAGGGGGAGGAAUGUUGACAUGAAACAGCAGGGCUGCACUUUCCCAAGCCUUUCAGCCAGCGCAGCAGCCCGCAUUCUUCAAUAGCUGGGGAGCCCGGGCUAGAGGUGUGCUGAUUGCCCCUUUAUUUGCUGCUGCCCAACAGCAGGGCCCAAGGAGGUGGUGGGAAGAGGAGCGAGCAGGGUGAUGGAUGCUCCCAGGAACCAAGACAGGAUCGCUCUGAAGGGAAUCUCGCAAAGUAUCAGGCCGCAGUCACCUAGAGGGGUGUGAGACGUGGAGUGUCGCAGGGUUUGGGCCAGUCCUCUGAAAGUCACCGCGUUGCACAUGUGCUUUUGGGGAGAGGAGCUGCACCGAUCCUUCUUCCUCCUCUGAGUCCUUGAAUGCUCAAGGGAGGCAGCCCACAGCUCCUGGCUCAGCUGGGUGAUGAAGGUGGAGUGGGUAAUGGAUACUGAGAGCAUUGCUUUGCCUCUUACGGACUUGGUAGCAAGUGCUAUUGUAGAGAUGGCAUUUCAUCACUAUCUUGGGGAUCAAAACUUCCUUUUUUUUUUUCUUUUUUUUCUCAUCCUUCCUCAACAUUAUGAAAAAGAUGCACUUUCUUGUUCCUCCUGAAACCACAAAAGGUUACCGCAGGUGCUGGAGGCUCAUGAAAACGUGCCAAUUCGAACCAUCUUGAUGAACUGUGAGCUACAAAAAAUACCAAUUAAAAACAGAUUUUUUCCCUCUGAGAACAUGAAAGACAACCAUCUGCACCAAGGUUUUGCACCUGCUAUGUGCAUAGAGAAGUGUUUUGCUCUUCUUAUGCCUUCCAGCAUGCCUUCUCCUGGGGAAAGGAGAUCACUGCCUCCUCAAUCUCUCGACUUGAGAGGAUAUCAGAAGGCCCUAGCAGAGGCUGUUAUUUAAAUAAUACCAGCCUAAUUUUAUAAUUAAAAACAAACAAACAAAAAAUACAAUAACAGGUAGCUCCGUACCUUUCCAAGUAGUGCCAGACUUAAAUUUCAAAAUACUGAUGACAAAUAAAUAGGCUUGUAUCAUUUCUAAAUUCAAGCAGAAAUAAGGAAUUGCUGGCUGCAAGAGAAGGGUGUAAGGUUAGGGUAUGGCAAAGGGUCUGAUCUGAAAAAAAAAAUCAAUUUUUGCUUUCAUGGUUAUUUUCAUACCAGUUGAACUACGGAUCUAUAUGCAAGCUACUCAAUGUCUACAAGACCAUCUAGUAGCAUGACC